GAAGAAGCAGUGUCUGUGCAGAGAUUCAUCUACAGUGAGGAAGUGACCCCUGAUCAGUACUCAUGGGGGUCAAAGCUAUUUUGUUUUCCAUUAUACUUCUGCAUGCAUGCACUGCCACCUUUAAUGGUAUGAGAUUCUUGCUGGUGCAGAUGGACAAGAUUUCAUGAGACUUUAGUAAGCUAUCAGAGGCAGACAGAAACUUUUUGAAGACUGGGCUACAAUUGCAGACCAAAUUCUUGCCGAUGCCCAGCGAGAUGGAAAGGUGCAUUUAGAGCUGGCUGACAUGACUCCAGAGAGCAGCUUUGAACAGAGUAAUGAGCCAAUUGAUGACAACGAGUCUUCAGCGAUGUCUGAUGAACUGGGUUCAGGAUCACCAGAUUCUGGCGGUGUUCCACCUCCUCCAUCUUUCAACGGAAACAACAUUAAUUGGAACUUUUCAUCAACACAUAACAUUCCUGACUACCUUUCACCUGGUCCAGGUGGGUUUAUAGCCAUUCGUAAGAAGCCUCUAACAUCGAAUAACAGAAGAACUUCAAAUGCAGUGGCAUAUAAUCACAAAGCUGCACCAACCCCUGACACAUUUAACAUCUCAGAAGAGGCUGUUGACUUCCUCAAAGGCCUGCUGGUCACACGCCUCAUGCCCUCGUUCUAUAUCAUCAUCAUCCUCAUUAGUUUGCCUCUGAACGCUUUGGCCUUGGUGGCGUUCACGUGUAGGAUUCGAGCGAAGAAACCAGCAGUGAUCUACAUGUCUCACCUGGCGUGUGUGGACCUGCUCUUCACCCUGCUGCUGCCUCUGAAGAUCCACUACCAGCUGAACGCUUCAGAUUGGGUGUUCGGUGAGGCGGCGUGUCGUGUGCUCAGUGCAGCUUACUACUGCUACAUGUACUGCUCCAUACUGCUGAUGAUGUGCAUGAGUGUUGACAGGCUGCUGGCUGUGGUGUUUCCCAUCGCCUCUCUGACCUGGAGGAGUGCAAGGAAAGCUACACUCAUAUGCACAUUAGCCUGGCUGCUGGCGCUCGCUGGUACGGUGCCGCUUCUCUCAAUGAGUCAAACAGUUAAGACUGAAAAUGUGGGCGUCACCUGCCAUGAUGUGCUACGCCAAAAUGACCCUACAGUAGUGUAUUAUGUGUACUUGUUUUCCAUCCUCUCCUGCCUCUGUUUCUUCUUGCCUCUAGUCGUCACCUUUGUGAGCUACUCCACCCUCAUAUAUGCACUUAGUGCAAAAUCUAAUCGCUUAACAACAUCAUCUUCAGACAAUCGAAGGAGAGCCGUGAUUAUGGCUGUUGCUGUGCUGAUUGAGUUUGUGGUGUGCUUUGCUCCAACCAAUGGCAUCCUGUUGUACCACUGUGUUCAUUUAGCUAAUGGAGGCCACCACGAGGGAGAUUCAUCAUAUGCGGCUUACCUGUUGGCUGUGUGUUUGGGGAGCGCAAGUGUUUUUCUGGAUCCUCUGCUGUACUACUACGGCUCGUCUCAAUGCAGACAGCAGAUCCGCUCUGUAUUUUGGUGCAAGAAAGCAAAAAAAAGAACAUAGGUGUCAAACACAUGAAAUCCUCUCACUGCACUACAGCUGCACAGUAAAAAAAAAAAAAAUGUUGAUCUCUCUUAAAACAACAACUAGCCACAUAUUCUGAGCUGCUUCUCUGUUUGCUUGACAAGUUCACUCCAAGUCCCCCAAAUAAUUAAAAAUGGAGGACAAAAAUGUUUAUUAGUAACAUUUUUAGGCUGGUCUGUCUCAGCAGUCCAACAACAGUUGUCAAUGUCAAAAUGUUUAGAGAUGGCCAAUCAAAUCAAAGUAGGCGCGGCUCACAGAAGCAGAGUGUAAAUUUCAGCGCAAAGCAUCAGCAUUAAUGUUAAAACAGAGCUAGAUGUAAAUAGCAAAAAUAUUUAAUAGUAUUUGACAGUUGUUUUAUGAUAGAAAUGUUAAUGACGACUGAUAGUAAUAUCCAGUGAUGCAAACUACUGAUUUUUUCUUUUUCAAAUAUGGCCAUUUUGAAUUGAAUUGUAAGUAUCUCUACAAUUUAUGUAAUUCCUGAUUGAUAUGAGAUAAGAAACGUUUUGCGUCUUCGACAUAUUAGGCAUACAUAAAAAUUGUGUUUGUGCAUAUUUUAAAAUAUUAUUUGCAAACAGAAUAUACAAGAAUUUACUUCACUGUUUUAUCUAUGCUUUAAGUUAAAAAAGGCCCCCUGUUCCCAAAGUGUUGGUGUUCAUCGUCUCUGUAUGCUCACUUAUAUUAACACUAUGUAGCUGUUGUGUUGUGUCAAUGAAGGUUGUUGGAGUUGGAGAAUAUUGUUCAUAAUGCAUAUUAUUUAUAUAUUAUCAUAGACAUUAAUGCAUGCCAUCCAUAUCACUGUUAAAAAAUACAUUUAUAAUAAAUAAAACCUUAUAAAUAAAACUUGUAAUACCAUUUGACUGAAGCUAUUUGAUCAUUAAUAGUACUCAUGCCUUCGUUCUACAUUUGUACAGAGAUUGCCAUGGUGGAUUCUAACUUCAGUUUGGAUGCUGUUGCAUUUCAUAUUCAUACAAACCUGUGUUAAAACAGGGUAUAACAAUUAAUUGAAUUAAUUAAUAUAUGUCUGAAAAUACAAUACCCUUACAAACACAUACUGAGCAAAUUUGCAUCCUUUUUUCGAUGAGAUGCAACAUCCGGAUGAAAAAAUGAAUAUAGCACAUAGAGGUUUUCAGGAGUCACACCCAAACAACCACCAUCAUUCAUAAUUUAUCUCUUAAUAACUGCAAUCGAUUGAGGCUGAAGGCUCCAGUGAUAUCAUUUUAAUACUCAAAAAUCAAGAACACUUAGCGGCUGUGCCUCCAUCUAGGGUUCUCAAAUAUUACCAUUUUAAGUUGUUCUAAUGUACAUUUAAUAGAGAUAGAAACUGCCAGCUGAUCUGUAAUCAUGAGAGUGAUUGCUUUUACUUAUAGUUUAUAGGCAAUGAUAAGUACUUUAGUUCAACCAUGAACCAUUUAAAGGGUUAGUUCACCCAAGAAAACUAGCCUAUGAUUUAAAGAAGUGCAAUAAAGCGCAUACAUCCAUAAUAAACAGUGCCACACACUGCAGGGGUGAAUGAAGGCCUCUGUAGUGAUCCAAUGCAUUUUUGUAAGAAAAAUAUCCAUCGUUAUAAACGCUUUUCUCUAAGUUCCGCUAACUAUUGUACAUGCAAGCUAUCCAAACACAGAACACGGGGAUUUCUUACGAGACAUUGUUGAUGUUACAGCUGCACGAGCUUGGAGAAAAUAGAGGACAGCGAGUGCUGUGCUGUCAAUCAACCCCCGUGACCCAUCACAUUGCAUAGAGAAUCAAAACGGCAGGCCUAGUGAGACUGAGUUGGUUUAUAAGGGAUUAAAAAACGAGGAGUGGGUGGAUUUUUAUCAUUGUAAGGCGGUUGUGUUCACACAAUGCCAAAACACAUUUACAUGUAUGUCCAAACAGCAUGUAAAAGUGAAUUUGCAUAAUAGGUUCUCUUUAAUAUAACUCCGAUUGGAUUCGUCUGAAAGACGAAAAGUCAUAUACACCUAUAGGAUGCCUUGAGUGUGAGUAAAUCAUGGGCUAAUUUUCAUUUUCUUUCAAAUAAUCUCAGAUUUCUAAAUGUCAAGAUUUUGCCAGUUAUGUCUUGCUGAUGUGAUGUGAAGUGUUGUUUUAGAAUCAUUUAUAUGCUAUUAUAUUCCUUAAUAUUUUGUAUUGUCAGUAUUAUUUUAAUUUUAUAUUAUGUAAUUUUGUGUUUUUCGUUGGUUUUAGUUUUCAAUAUUGCUAUAGUUUAUUUUUCAUUUCAGUUUAGUCAUUGUAGUAUUUCAACUUAAAUUUCAGUUAGUUGAUAGUUUAUAAGUUCACAUUUUCAUUUAAUAUUCAUAUAUUAUUUCAGCAUUAUUUCUAUAUUGAAAGAGAUUUUAAUAGUUUUAAUUUGAUUGUUACUUACCAAUAACAGUACUGUGCAGCAUAAUACAGAUGGAUGGAAAAAAUCUUUUUAUUAAUUUUAAUUCCUUCAUAUUAUGAGAGUAACGGCUAUUUAUGGGUGGAUUUGUGAGGUGAGCUGUAGUUGUUUUUGCAAGUUUCCAGAUCUGCUCAUUACAGGCAACAUCACUUAGGCUCUUACACAUUCUGUGGAGAUUUGUGUCCUAACCACAUACAUCAAUGUAUGGUCAGAAGAGUGCAAUGCUUCAGACCACAAGAACCUGAAAUGCAUUGUGCAAUUUCCCAUUCCUUGUCUUUUGAUUUAUUUAUUGUGUUCAGUGUGUAUUGUUUAAUAUAAAUGAUAUUGUUUACAGCAUGUCCAUGAAUUAUUACUAUGCUGCUUGUUAUAUGUUUUGCAGACCUACUUGUAGUAAUACAAUGUGUUCCACUCCAUUCUUGUAUAUGGCUGAAAAGACAAUACUCUCACAAACACAUGUAUUCAGCAAA